AUGGUGCCUGUGGGGGGAGAGGUGCGCUGUGAUUUAUGUGGAGAGUUUGGCAAGGGUGAACACGCUGAGCUUGACCGGGAAGGUGGUGUACUGGGUGGCGGAUCGGUUCGUCGUGCAGUGGGAGCAGCUUCGGGAGAGGUAUCCGAGGGCGCUCUGGUAUGGGAGGUUGAGUUAGGCGGUGCGCGGUGGAGUUUAUUGGAUUGGGAAAGCGUACAAGAGGUAAAGAGCUAG